AUGUCGUUUCGUAGGAGAGGCUCUUUGCCAUGGUCACGAGUGCUGGAGAUGGUUGAGUUCAUGGCCGAUGAGAUCGAAUACCCACCACAUUUCGCUUUCCAGCGAGUCAGAGAUCAACUGCUGAAUGCAUUCAAGGGUACUGCAGAUAUGCCGAAUAUAAAGAAGUUCGUCGCCAAAUCAGUUCGGAAAGCAUACCAAGAACGUGGUUGGCAGAAGUCUAGCAGCUGGACUGAUGCGAGCGUGGCUACGCUAGCGACCGAACAUGCGUGCUUGACUGAUAAUGUGGAAUGCUUAAACAAAGCGAAAUCCUUGUUCGAUGCGUUCAUGACAAACUGCGAAUAUUCGAUGACUGGAACGGGAUUGUGCAAUAGUGAUGUGGCACCAGAUGUGCGAAGAACCCAAUACUGUUAUGGUUUAGCGCAAACGCCGAACGGGAUAGAUGUGGUUGAGAAGUUAUACAAAUGGUUCGUGAAGAAUUCCUACUAUUUCCGAAGAGAUGACGAUAACCUUCUACAUGCGCUUGCAUGUUUACAGGAUGAAGCAACAAAGAAGAGAUUGAUAGCGGACGUUCUUGAUGGCCAUUAUCCGGUGGUACUUCUCGAGUACAUUGCACAACGCGACAGCACGGACACCCUUUUGUGGGAUUAUUUGGUUGCGAAUAGCGACGCAGUGUUUUACGGCGUACCAAGCUUAUCGUAUUACAUGGACGUGGCCGUCGGUAGCUGGAACACUCAGCAGCAGUUGGACAAGAUUGAUGCGUUCCUCAAUUCAUUGGGCACAACGAUUUCGCCAGAGAACGCAAAAGUAAUCAUGGAUCACAAGGCAAAAGUGCAGCAAAACAUCGAUUGGCUGAAGUCGAACAGAGAUGAAAUCAUGAAUUGGAUCAAUGCAAAUAUCCAAUGA